AUGGGAUACAACACUCGUCGCAAGUCGCUCUCGUUGCCGUCCCUGGGCAUCCACAUCCCUUGCUCUGGUCGCCGCGCCUCUUCCAGCACCACUUCUACUACCACUUCUACUUCUACUUCAGCCAGCAGUAACAGCAGCAGCAGCAGCAGCAGCAGCAGUAACAGCAGUAGUAACAGCAUGGCAGCUCCGUCGUCGCCUUUACUGAAGAAGCAGAAGAGGUCGCAUGAGGCGGACGAGACAGUCGCCGCAGAGAGACAGCAGAGAGACGCCGUCCUACAACACACGCCGCCUCCCUCGCCGUCGCAGAAGACAGCUACGACAGCUACGACUACUACAACGGUCAAGAUAGACACAGACGGCAUCGCGGAUGACAUCGUCGUCGCGGUCAUCCAGCAGCUCGAGAAGACAGGCAACAGGCCCCAUCUCAUCAAGGAGCUCGCCCAGGUCCUCUCCACCACCACCAGCUCCAUCGCCAACUCUGCGAAUGCGGCGGCGUUGAUCUCGUCGAGGCUGUCGCUCUACCUGAAGCGGCCGUGGACCGCCCUUGCGCCGUGUCCCAUCGCCAAAGAGCUCAUCCCCGUCCACCCGCGCAAGGUCUUCUUCUACCUCACCAACUCGCCCCGGCAGCCGCUGCCCAGCUCGUCAAGCGACAUCCUCUCGCCGGCGCCCUCGCCCUCGGUAGAGAAGGAGGUCACCCCGUGUCCCUCGCUCUCCCUGCCCGACCUCGACGGCGGUGCUGACAACCAGAGUGAAGAUGAUGACGAUCGCGAUGACGACAGAGAAGAUGACAGGUCCAGGAUGAGCCUGAGCCCCGAGGUCGACCUGGAUUACAGCCUGGACAUGAUGGUGGCCACCGACUCCUUUGCCUCGUCCCUGCCCCUGCGCCAGCAGCAGCACUCCCACUCCCACGGCCACCGCAUCUCCCACAACCACCGUGCUGCCUCGCCCCCCCUCGAAGGUGACGAGCGAGAGUUCACCCUCACGGCCAGCAUGGUCAGAGAGCGCACGACGGGAGACGACGGCCAGGCAGGCCAGUUACGCGGCCUCCUGCUCGACUCGCCCCUUGGCGUGCCUCCCUCGACCUCGACACCGACAUGGACAUGGAAGACUACUUUAGCAGUCAUCGACAAUUCCCACCACUCUUACUUCCACUCUGCUGCUUCUGCUGCUACUGAAUCACCCACUUCCGAAGCUCCCGACAAUGCUCUACAAGCACUCUCCGUCUCCUCCGUCGCAUCGAGGAUCCUCCUGCUCGGCGGUACUGCUGCUCGCCUGCGCGCCCACAAGAGAACCUACGACAUGUCAUUCCCGCUAGACGUCGACCUCGCCGACCCUCGCAAGCACCGCCAGCUCUCCCUCGACUGCGCCUUUAGCUUCUCCUUUGACUCUCCGCUGGACUCGUGGGCUGACUUUCGCAGUCCAGAGACAGUAGACGUCGACGAACUCGAUGCCAUCUUCGCAGACAUCUAA